ACUUCUUCUCACCAGUAGCCCUCAUCAGCUCGGAGGAGCGGGGCGUGGACUCGCAGCGACCAUUCCCUUCUCUGACAUUUGAGGAGACGGUCGGGGGAGGAAGGAAAAAAAAAAAAAGAAAAAGAAGAAGAAGAAGGAAACUGACAAGAAAUCGAUCGGAUAGGAGCUGGAAACUGAAAGAGCAAACGGUCAACCUCUACAGGACACACAUGGAUGACAUCUUCACGCAGUGCCGAGAGGGGAACUCUGUGGCGGUUCGACUCUGGCUGGACAACACAGAGAAUGACCUCAACUUGGGUGACGACCAUGGCUUCAGCCCCCUCCACUGGGCAUGCAGGGAAGGGAGGAGCGGCGUCGUCGACAUGCUCAUCAUGAGAGGUGCUCGCAUCAACGUGAUGAACCGCGGAGACGACACGCCUUUGCACCUGGCCUCCAGCCACGGACACAGAGACAUCGUGGCUAAGCUGAUUCAGUGCAAAGCAGACCCCAAUACAGUCAACGAGCACGGAAACACCCCCCUCCACUAUGCCUGCUUCUGGGGCCAAGAUGAAGUCGCAGAGGACUUGGUGGCCAGCGGUGCCCAGGUGUGCGUAUGUAACCGAUAUGGACAGACGCCUCUGGAUAAGGCCAAGCCUCACCUAAGACAGCUGCUGCAUGAAAAGGCAGAGAAAAUGGGUCAGAGUAUGACCAAAGUCCCAUACAAGGAAACUUUCUGGAAGGGCACCAUGCGGACGCGACCCCGUAAUGGCACCCUCAACAAGCAGGCUGGCAUUGAUUUUAAGCAGCUUUCGCUCCUGGCAAAGAUCAAUGAGAACCAGUCCGGAGAGUUAUGGCAGGGUCGGUGGCAAGGGGACGAGAUUGUAGUGAAGGUGUUGCAGAUUAGAGACUGGACCACCAGGAAGAGCAGAGACUUCAACGAGGAGCAUCCGAAGCUCAGGAUCUUUUCUCAUCCAAAUAUUCUGCCUGUUCUUGGGGCCUGUCAGUCACCUCCAUCCCCUCACCCUAUCAUCAUUACCCACUACAUGCCGUACGGAUCCCUCUACAACAUACUACACCAGGGCACUACUCUGGUGGUCGACCAGAGUCAAGCGGUGAAGUUUGCACUGGACAUUGCCAGUGGUAUGGCUUUCCUCCACACCUUAGAGCCAAUGGUUUCCCGGCUUUAUCUCAACAGUAAGCACAUCAUGAUUGAUGAGGACAUGACAGCCAGAAUAAGCAUGGCAGAUGCCAAGUUCUCCUUCCAGUGUCCUGGCCGUAUGUAUGCCCCAGCAUGGAUGGCCCCUGAAGCUCUGCAGAAGAGGCCCGAAGACAUCAACAGAAGAUCUGCUGAUAUGUGGAGCUUUUCAGUGUUACUGUGGGAGCUGGUUACCCGAGAAGUCCCCUUUGCUGAUCUGUCACACAUGGAGAUAGGCAUGAAGGUGGCUCUCGAGGGUCUUCGGCCAACCAUUCCACCAGGGAUUUCCCCUCAUAUCUGUAAGCUGAUGCGACUCUGCAUGAACGAAGACCCGGCCAAGAGACCCAAAUUUGACAUGAUCGUCCCAAUCUUGGAGAAGAUGCAAGACAAGUGAAUGCCUCUGCAGCAAUUUCUCUACUACAUUUUAUCGUCAAACCACUCUUUACCUUCACCUCUGCCAUAUAUUUGCUAUGCCACUGUAAAUAAUGCCAGAAACCACUUUUCUAGCUACACACAGUUCAAAUACUAUUAUAUUGCUUCUCUUGUAUAAGUUAAAUUUGAGGUUUAAAUGUUCUUUCGCCUUUGUCGCUCUUUUAUUAUGGCUGAUCACUGAAAUGUUGCUAAACUUUUUAAUCCAGUGUGGAUUAUAUGCAGUGAUGAGUCUGAUCCAAAGAAAUGUGUAUAGAAUCGAUGCUUUUAUACACGUCAGCAUUUGCCAAUGCAAUAAACGUUUUAUAUUUA